UUUUACAGGUGAUAAAAUAGUGUUUUGAGGUGCUUGUAAAGUUUUAAUUUCGGCUUGAAGUCCCUUCGGCUUGAAGUCCCGUCGGCUUGUUGUCCUAGACCCGCUCCGCUUUGCCUCGGUGUUAAUAACUCCGACGGAAGGUUUUAUACUACCUUGAAGAUGUUAUUCUCUUCAUAAGAACAUAAUUUUAAUCCGACCUUCUCUUGUACUUUAAAUUACCAACAGAAUUUUAAUCCGAUCAUUUUGUUGAGUUAAGCGCCAUAAAUUAAUAGUACUGUCAAUAUAUCAGUUUGUUAUGCAUCAUCUACCGGAACACUGGCUUCAAGAUGAAGGAAAAAUGAAUUUCCAGAGGAGUUGUCGGACCGAUAAACAUGUCUCGGCUGCACGACUGGUGAUCUCAUUCAAAAUGUACGAAUUGGACAACGCAGUGGAAAUAAUCAACUCCUUUCUGCCCAAAAGCGUGAGAGUUCACGAUUAUGUGAGAACGACGAAGGGAUUUGACUGUAAAAAGUGGGCGAGCAGUCGCAUUUAUAAUUAUGUCGUGCCAUCUUAUUGUUUCCAGCACAAAAGUGCCGUGAACAAACAAGCGUUGCAAUUGUUUCGGGUUGAUGAGACGUUAAAAAAGCGGAUCAAUGAAGUUUUAAACCAUUAUCAUGGCACCAAAAAUUUCCAUAAUUUCACUUCUCGCAAAGAAGGAAAAGACCCGAGUGCUAUUCGAUACAUAACCAGUUUCAAAAUCACCGACACAUUUUUGUGGCCUGAUAAAUGCGAAGACGAGUCAGUUGAACAAACGGAAUACUUAACGCUUUCUGUUCACGGCCAGAGUUUUAUGUUGCACCAGAUCCGUAAGAUGAUUGGACUGGCAAUGGCGGUGGUUCGUGGAAAUACAGAAGAGAUCAUUUACGAGAAGAUAUUUGGAAACGACAAGCAUGAUAUUCCGAAAGCGCCUUCGAUUGGUCUGUACCUAGAAAAUGUGUUUUUUGAGUACUACAAUAAGAAGUUUGGAACUGACGGAAUGCAUACUCCAGUGAAAUGGGACCACUGUGAAGAUGCAGUGGAAAAUUUCAAAAGAGAGCAGAUAGUGUGUAAUAUUUUGAAUGAUAUGAGAAAAGAGAAAGUGUUUGAGGAGUAUUUGCCGAUUCUUGAUUUGCACACUUAUACAACUGAAAUCGGACACCGCUUGACGAGACCUGACCAUGUGCCUAACGUGACUGAAGUUAAAACGGAGUUGGAUAAAGUCGAAAAUGAUUCUGUUGUGCUAGAAAAUGAGACUGAGAAAAUUGUAAAUAAUAGCUAAGAUGAUGUUAAUGGUGCUUCCAGUUAGAAAUUUAAAAAAAUAAAUUGUUUUUGUUUUAGUUCUUUUGAAGAGCUAAUUUGAUACAUAACCAGGAAGAGCUAAUUUGAUA